UUUGCUCCCUCUUUCCAGGUUCCCUUGGAGAUAGAUCCUCUGGAUAUGCUGCUCUACGUUACUGUGGGCUUGCUCGUGCACUUCGUGUUCUUCGCCUCCAUCUUCGACAUUUAUUUUACCUCUCCUUUGGUUCAUGGAAUGACUCCUCAGUUUACACCCUUGCCUCCCCCAGCAAAACGAUUAGUGCUGUUUGUCGCUGAUGGCCUGCGAGCAGAUAAACUUUUUGAAUUAGAUGAAGAUGGAAAUUCUAGGGCACCAUUUAUUAGAUAUGCAGAUGACACCACCCUUAUGGCAGAAAGUGAA